CAUGUCUCCAUUUUAUUACUAAACAAGCAUUGUACUUUAUGUUAGUGGUUAGUGGCCUUUGGCUUCAAUAGACUUAAGCAUACAUCCAAGUAGAUUGAGAAGUAGAGAAGCAAUUCAAAUUUCAACCCGCCAUUGUUAAUUGAAGUGAAAUUCAAUCUUUUUUACUAGUUUAUGAAUGAACGAAAUGGAUUCAUUGGAGGUUUCAGCCCCCUAUAUUCUAAGAACCAUCGAAUACGAACCUCCUGAAAAGUUUGUGGAAACAAUCAUCAUAGAGAUAACCAAAGAUGAACAUUCAGAAGAGCCUUUUGAGGAUAAUGAUGAGAUGACGAUGGACAGUCGCCAAGCUCUAUCCGAGGGAGUAGUAGUGAAGGUUGAACAACAAUCAGAAUUCGAGGAUGAAUUUCAACCUGCAUUUGUUGGUAACAUUAAGUUGGAGGAAGAUGAAACUUUGGGAGAAGUAUAUAAGGAAGGCGUAUUUGUUAAAGAGGAGCCCUCCGAGGAUCAAGCUGACUGGGACGAAGAAUCUGGAAAAUGUAUCGAUUCAGAUGAAAAAAAGGGCAGUGAGUCUUCAGAAAACAAACUUUCGAAAUAUUCUAAAGAGUGCUACAUUUGCGGACAAAAUUUUUCACAUCAUCAAACUUUGAAGAGGCAUAUGCACACACAUUCAGGUGAAAAAAGAGCCUACAAGUGCCACAUAUGCAACAAUACCUUUUCACGCCAUCAUAUCUUGAAGAGGCAUAUUCUGUCUCAUACGGGUAAUCGACCGUAUAGUUGCAUUUUCUGUCCAAACACUUUCACUAGAAAGGAUCAUCUAAAGACUCACAUAAACCGAGUUCACGAUUCGAACCCUCACAAGGAGUCAUUCAAGUGCUUUAAUUGUGGUAAUGCUUUCAAGACAAAACUCUCUCUGUUAAGGCAUGUGUUCCGCAUGCACCAUCCUGGAAAGUUCCAUUGCAAAUUCUGUUCUAAGAAAUUUAUCCGAGAGAAAAACUUUAGGAUACAUCUGAAAGACCACGGUGUGGAAAAUAACCUAGAUGAAGUUCUAAAAGAUCCCCAAAAUGAUGGGACAUCCUCCCUGUGUGAACUCUGUGGGAAGACAUUUUCAGCUGAAUUUCUGGAGGAACACAAACAUAUCCACGAACGGAAUUACCAAUGUGAGGUGUGCGGAAAGCGCUUCUGUACGUUUUCAAGGAUGACCAGACAUCUACAACUUCACUUGAGAGAGGAAUGUUUGCAAUGCAAGCUAUGUUCCAAGCGUUUCCGUCUCAGGAGUUCCUACAACAAGCACGUGAAACAGCAUCAGAACCCAGAGCACGUACUGUGUGAUAUUUGCGGCAAGUGGCUGACUGAAAAAGAUGAUUUUGACAAGCACCGCAAACUCCAUUUCAAAAACAAAAACUUUUGCACAAUCUGCGGAAAGAAAUUCUCUGGCAAGGUUUUUCUGGAAAAACAUAUGAUGCGCCACAAGCCGAGGCUCUUCAAGUGUCCACAAUGUCCGCUUCGAUUCAGCGAGGAGAGGUACCUGAAAGACCACAUAGACAUUCACUUGAAUCACCCGACAAUUCUGCCAAAAGAAGGAGUCUUUCAGAAUCCGACCAACUCGAAUCUGCCGAAUACCUGCGAAAUUUGUGGUAAAGUCUUCUCUUCGAGGAGCUACAUGCUCAGCCACAUGCGUUCCCACAGCAAAGAGGCGACUUUGGAAUGUCCGAUCUGCCACAAGAAACUCAAGACGAAGUUGGAGCGACACAUGAAAAUUCAUUCAGAUGAGAGGCCGCACGGGUGCCAUAUCUGCCAGAAGCGGUUCCGCUUGAAGGAGGUCCUCAACGACCACCUUAAGACACAUUCGAUUGAGCCCACGGUCACCUGCUCAGUGUGUUCUAUGGGGUUCUUUUCACAUCGCGCACUCGUCUAUCACAUGAGAAGCCAUUCGGAGGGGUAUCCGUAUCGGUGCAAAAUUUGCAACAAGAACUUUUACGUGAUGUCACUUCUCGAGGCGCAUUUGAGGGUUCACACUGGUGAAAGACCGUUCCAAUGUGAUAUUUGCGAUAAGAAGUUUAUUGAAAAAGGCAAGUUGAAGAAACAUCUCAUUAAAAAUCCAGAGAAGAAGUAUUUCACCUGCACGAAAUGCCCAAUGCGUUUCUGCUACGAGAGAAACCUAGUCACUCACAUGAAAACCCACUCCAGCGGCGACGAGAGGCCCUUCGAAUGUCCUCACUGCGACAAAACGUUCAAAAAGAUGUACGGAAUGACCACACACAUGAGAGUCCACACUGGCGAACGCCCAUACCAGUGUUCCAUCUGCUCGCAACGCUUCACCAUGGCGAGCUCGCUCAAAGAUCACGAGAAAAUCCACACCAACGAGCGCGCAUUUUCCUGUGCGUUUUGCCCAAAGAGUUUCAGAAGAAAGACUCAUUUGAACGGGCAUGUUAAGAAUAUGCACGGAGAGAUGAACUACUCACCAAAAAAAGUAGUCAUUGUUGAUGACACGGAUGUUGAUAAAAUGAUAGAAAUGAAACUUUCUAAGAAGGCGUUCAUCAUCCGGACAAUUCGCAAAAGAAAACUGGAAAAUUUCGGUAUUUCUGAGAUUUCAGGCUGAAGCGAUAUCUUUACGCUGUGAAAUAGGUACUUUGAUAAUUGUUCAUAACAGUAAUUGCUAAUAAAUUUAUUUCUACCAAAGUCUUCUUGUAGAAAAUCUGGGUAAUGCUGAAAUUUCAGGCUGAAUCGAUAUCUUUACACUGUGAAAUAUGUACUCUGAUGAUUAUUUAUGAUAGUAAUUGUUAAUAAAUUUAUUUCUACUAA